UUCAUCAAGGCGCCGAGCGCGCGGCCGGGCGGGCUCCAAGAUGGUGCUGGAGGCGGCGGACCGGGCUGCGGUGCGCGCGCUGUGGCUGAAGCUGGGUAGUAACGUCGGCGUCUACACGACCGAGGCCCUGGAGAGGACUUUCCUGGCCUUCCCUUCCACCAAGAUCUACUUCCUCCACCUGGACCUGAGCCCCGGCUCCGCCCAGGUCAGAGCGCACGGCCAGAAAGUGGCCGACGCGCUGACCCUCGCCGUGGACCACCUGGACGACCUGCCCAGCGCCCUGUCGGCUCUGCGCGAGCUGCAUGCGUACAAGCUGCGCGUGGACCCCGUCAAGUUCAAGGAUUUGGGGCGGGAAUGGGAAGGCACCCCCAGGACUGAGGUGCUGCCUGUCUUGCUAGGAGACCCUCUCCCUCACCCGCUGCCCGGAGGCACCCUGUGGAGGGCUUCCUGCCAAGGCUGGAAAGCCGUUGACUGCUGCCACGACCAGAGCCUGGGCCUGACUGGCCUGGAUUCCCAGGCAGGCUGGACUUCGGUGGGGCUCCAAAGGAGGCACUAGCAGCUUCAGAAGGAGGCCCAGGACAAUACAUACUGUACUGUAAUCCAUCACAGUAUUAUGUGAUUAUAAGCAUCACACUAUAUAUACAAGGAUACUGUGGUAUAUGUUUGAAGUUGCUGAGUAGAGGUUAAAAGUUCUCACCACAAGAAAAAAAUCAUGUCGCAAUAUAUACAUAUAUCAAA